CUUCCAUUCUUCCGGGGAAAUCGCCUGCAUGGGCAUUUGCGCCAGCAGCUACCCGGCCGUCAUGGCAUUUUGCUUCCUGGAGGAGCUGCAGUGGGAGUUCGCCACAGCCUACGACGCGACGAGCGUGGGCCUAGCCUCCAGGCCGUACGCUUUCCUGGAAUUCGACAACGUCAUUCAGAAAGUCAAAAGCCGCUUCAACUACACCAGCUGCGCCCCCACGAAGCUCAGUUUGGAAAAAAUCCAGGAAGAGCUACGGCUGCAUCCUCCCACGCAGGUGAAGCUGGAAGAGGCGGAGCUGAUGAACGGGAUGGUGAACGGGCACACAGAGCUCCCCCUAGAGCCCGCCUCCGCUUACAGGAUGCAGCCAGUUUCUGCUGUGGGCAUCUUGUCUCUCGUCCUCAACAUCAUGUGUGGGGCGCUGAACCUCAUUCGAGGCGUUCACCUUGCCGAGUACUCAUUCCAGGAAGAUCACAAAGGAAUUGGAAAUGUAAUAGCCUUUCUUGUACCUUUCGUAGCUUGCUUCUUAUUGUGUUACCUUUACCUGUUCUACAGUUCGGCGCGGCGGGUCAAGGUCUUUGUGCUUUUCGUCACUGUCUGCGCGUGCAAUAUCUACCUGUACGGACUCAGGAACGUCUGGCAGAUCCUUUUCCACAUAGGAGUGGCGUCGCUGUCUGCCCAUCAGAUCCUCACGCGACAGGUGGCGGAGAAGCAGCCGGACUGCGGAGUAUGAGAACAAACAUGG